UUGAUGCAGAACACACAGGUGUUGAGAAAAGGGAAAAAUAAAAGAGAAAGAAAAGAAAAGACCAGAACAGGGAAUAGUAGUGCGCAAGAUUCAUCCUUUGCUUGUUAUUUAUAUCAUCCUAAUUUUAACCACAUUUAGCAAGCUGAUCCAUCUUUCCACCCGAAAAAGAGAACAGGUUGGGCUCUUAGUCUUACACACACAUUCACAGAAUGCACAAGCACUUCUGUGUCGGCAGUGGUCAUCAGAUCAACCCAUAUUUGAGAACACCCAAUUUUGUUUUGGGUUUUGAGAUAAUGCUGCGGAAGGUUCAGAAAGAUCUUAGCAAGGGUGAACUCAUGUCUGAUUCAUGCUCAAACUUGUCUCCUAAGCUCAUGAACACUUCCUUUUUCAGCAUCCCAGGCUUGUUUGUGGGCUUCAGUUCCAAGGGUUUAUCAGAUUGUGAUGCUGUGAGAAGUCCUACUUCUCCUUUAGAUGCCAGGAUAUUCUCUGCCUUUGGAAGCUCAUUCUGGACGCAGAGGUCGGACCUUGAUGGUCUCCAAAGCCAGACAAAGAGCUGGUCUUCUAAGGGCAUAGGCCUUGGAAUUGUGGACUCAUUGAGUGAUGUAAGGACCCAUCAGCCUCCAAAUUCUUUAGGGAACGCAGAGAGCAAGAGCAUCCUUUUCGGGCCACAACUGAGAAUCAGUGUUCCUCAAUGUAACGGAAACCAAAAUGAUUGUUUGGAGAAGACAGGUUCGUGUGUAACAAGCCCCAAAUCGUUACCAAACUAUGUCUUCUCUGCAAAAAGUUUAGCAAAAUCUGGUCUUUCGCAUCUGGGAUGUCCCCACUUUGCAGUGGAACAGGAUGUGACCUCAUCUGAGACUGUACAAAAGGGGAAGUCGUAUCGAUCAUGUUCAUCUGAAUCGAUCAAUGCCAGUGCUGAGUUCUUGUCAAGACUUUCAGAAAAUGGCUUGCUCCCUUUUCAUUCGGGAUUCGCCUCGCCUCAGCCAAAUGUGGGUGAUCGCCAUCUUGCUGCUAGUUCUAAUUGUAGUCUUAGUGCCAGUUUUUCUGCUGGAGAGAUUGAGCUUUCUGAAGAUUACACUUGCGUUAUCACUCAUGGGCCAAAUCCAAAGACAAAACAUAUCUAUGGAGAUUUUAUCUUGGAGGAAGACCAUUCGCUUGAGAUCCCUGUUACUAAUAAGCCAGAAGAGUCAGGAGGAGGAGUGGCACAAACAGGCUGCAACUCUUUUGGGAUGGGUGAUUUUCUGAGCACCUGUUAUACCUGCAAAAAGAAAUUGGCUGAUGGGGAGGACAUCUAUAUGUACAGAGGCGAGCAGGCAUUUUGCAGCCCUGAUUGCCGCUGGCAAGAGAUUAUGAUCGAUGAGGAAGUGGAGAAAAAGACGGUGAAUUCACAUCCUUCAUCUGGAUCAGCCUCCUGUGAUACAUUUUUCUUCCCCGGCUUGGCAGUGGCAACAUAAUACAUAAGAAUAUAAUUAGUUCAACCAUAAUACCAGUAUAAUGAACUUGAAAGUAAAAAUAUUUGAUCAUCUGUUCACAAAGAGCUGUAUAUCUUUCUUCCAGGCAGCCACGGAUGCUCAUUAUGUACAUUUUUUUUGUUGCUAGUCAACACGUAGCAAAUAGACACUCUUGAAUAUACCUCUAGAAUAGACUCAGCCUUUCACAGGGAAGGGUUGGUAGUUGGCAAUUAGGGUUCCUUUGCUCAUGUUUUUUCUAGUACUGGCAGGUACCCAUAUUUGUGUUUGGGUUGGUAUAAGCCCUGAACUGAAGAAGAGUAAUGAAUAUAUAUGUUAUUUUUA